UAGUAUAUGCUUAACGUGUAACUGUAGAAUAAGAAUUUAUCUUAUAUUUGAUACUUUAACUAUUUUUAUCUGAAUUUUUCAAACAAAUAUAAACUAUUACAUAAUUUAUUAUAAACAAUUUAUUAUAAACAUUGCAAUAUAGUGUGGACAGCAAAGAUAUAGAAUUGCCACGUCAUAGCAAAAAGUUGUAUAAAAAAUUCUUAAUUAGAUUACACGUUAAAUAACUAUUGAAAAAAUGCAUUAAUUAUUUAAAUAAAGAAUAGUGUUUGUGCUAAAGAUUAUUAUGUAUAGAUAAUCAGGAAAUAGAUUUCAAAUAAAAUAAAUUGUUAUUUUAGGAUUUUGUCGCAUUAAAAAUCAUAGAACCUUAUACAGACCUUUUUUAAAAUAAAAAAAUUUAUUGCAAUUUAUGCAAAUACUAAUCAUUACAGAGACGUAAUGAAGAAUGUGAAAAAUAUCAAAGGAUCACAAAUAGCCUGUAGCUCAUUUCAACUCGCGAAAGGAUUUCAUAUAAUUGAUCAAUUAUAUAUUAAAAAUCUCUUUUAGAAAAGAAAUAUCACCUGAUCAUAAACUAUACUUUAAUGCAAGACGCAUAUGCGAAAAUGAAUGUCACGGUAAAAGAAAUGAUGAUUUUAUUAUUAUGUCGUAACUUGUUAGCGCAUCAAGGCUGACUUUACGAUCAACCAUGUUUUACUUUCAUCUAGUUUGAUAAUGCGAAAACGAUUUUCCUCGUGCAGUUGAUAAUGUUGCAAAAACAAAUCGACAUCUUUUACAGUUACGCUGACCUGACUUUUCAUAAUACUUCUACAAUUUUAUCGUGACUCACAAAUAGGUGAUUGAUUAUUCGUAAACUUUCACCAUGAUUCUGUUUUUAGCAUAUAUUUUCUUGAUUGCUCAAAUAUUCCUUUGUGUAAAAGCUGAUCCACUAGUAGGUGAACAUAUUUUUCCAGCGAAUCCUCAUGAAUUCCCUUUUAUUGUAUUAUUUAAACAAAAAAGUUCGAAAGAACGGUUAAACAGUGAAUAUUUUUGUACCGGAUCACUUAUUACGCAGAAACAUAUUAUAACAGUUGCACACUGUUUUCAACAUAGAAUACAAAAUGAAAUCGAGGCGAUCUUUGCCGGGAAGGACUGGACAACGUCCUAUUUCAGUUAUGCAAUCGAUUCGUGGUGUAUAUACGACUCCUGGGCUCGAGCGAAUGAAAAAACUAUCGAGUUUCCAAUAAAUGAUGUGGCAAUUGUUAAGUUAUCAUUACCGGUACGUCACGAUGGUAUAACACCUGCCCACCUCACGAAUUUAAAUAACAAACAACUCUACGGAACAAAGGCAAUGAUAGUUGGCUGGGUAGGCAUAUAUGAUAAUUCAUCUACAAUGCAUUUACUACAAGGGAAAGUAACGAUAUUAAGACCCUACGAGUCCGAGCAUCUAUUAAAAUUGGUGGCUAAUAGAAAAAUUAAAGUAAGUGAAAAUUAUCUGACAACAUCAGCUGAUCCAUAUAUACUCUCAAGUUGUGGUGAUAGUGGUGGACCGCUUUUGGACAAGGACAAUAUCCUUUUAGGAGUCACACGGGGUAUAUGUCCGACUAUAAAAUGGGGUAACUUUCCUCCCGAGUUUUUAAAGAAAUAUAAAGUAACCGUUCAUUUGAGUGUCGAUUACUAUAGAGAGUUCAUUGAAAAUGUUACAACAUUGACCGAAGAUUAAUAAGAUGUACUAUUUAAGUUUUUUUUAUUUAUAUCUAGUAGAACUUUAUUUUACAAAAUAAAGUUCAGGCAAUUUGAAUUGAAUAAAAAGGUAACUACUUGAAGACACA